AUGAAUACGUCUAUAUGGAUUGAGAAGUAUAGGCCUAAAAUAUUAGACGAUAUGGUUGGUAACGAGGAGGUCUUAAUACGUUUGAAAGUAUUAGCAAAACAAGGUAAUAUGCCAAAUUUACUUUUAUCUGGACCUCCUGGAACUGGAAAGACAACGAGUAUACAUUGUUUAGCUGCUGAAUUACUAGGCCCAAAAUUCAAUAGAGCUGUACUAGAAUUAAAUGCCUCAGACGAUAGGGGAAUAGAUGUGGUUAGAGAUCGUAUAAAAUCAUUUGCAAAAGAAAAAAUAGACUUACCCUUUGGUAGACAUAAAAUUAUCAUUUUAGAUGAAGUAGAUAGUAUGACAGAUACAGCUCAGCAAGCAUUAAGACGCCUAAUGGAAGUAUAUUCAGAUAGUACUAGAUUUGCUUUAGCCUGCAAUCAAUCAACUAAAAUUAUUGAACCAAUACAAAGUCGUUGUGCUAUAAUUAGAUAUUCGAAAUUAAGUGAUGAACAAAUUAGAGAGAGACUAUUUGAUAUUAUAAAAUUUGAAAAUAUACCAUAUAUUGACUCUGGAAUUGAGACAUUAAUAUUUACUGCUGAUGGAGAUAUGAGAAUAGCAAUAAAUAACUUGCAAGCUACAUAUAAUGGAUUUACUUUAAUAUCUAAGGAUAAUGUACUAAAAAUAUCUGAUAUCCCAUCUCCUGAGAAAAUAAAAUCUAUAUUAGAUGCAUGUGUUAAAUCUGACUGGAGAUUAGCUCAUAAUAUUGCUGAAGAAUUAUACUCAAGUGGAUAUUCACCACUUGAUAUUGUAAUUACUAUGCGGAAUGUUUUAAAGCGCUAUCAAUUACAAGAAACUCUUAUUUUGGAAUAUCUUAAAGAAGUUGGUAGAUGUCACUUUGUGAUGUUAGAUGGAUGUAGCACGGAAUUACAACUUGAUAAAUUAUUAGGACAACUAUGUUUAGCCUCUGCUACUUAUGAAACCACCCGGUAG